AUGAUUCAGAUACUAGAGGAUAUGCUUCAGAGCUGUGUGAUUGAUUUUCAAGGUAGUUUGGAGGAUUAUCUACUGCUAGCUGAGUUCACCUAUAAUAAUAGCUUCCACUCUAGCAUCCAGAUGGCACCUUACAAGGCUCUAUAUGGUCGUAAUUGUCGUACUUUACUGUGUUGGACUGAGUUGGGUGAACGUCAGAUUUUGGGUCUUGAGCUGGUUUCUGAGACAAAGGAUAAGGUCUCUCCAUGGAAGAAUGUUCUGAGGUUCGGUCGUAAGGGCAAGCUGAGCCCUAGGUUUAUUGGACCGUACCGGAUUCCGAAAUAUGUGGGACCAGUUGCUUACCAGUUGGAGCUACCCCCUGAACUAGACCAUAUUCAAGAUGUGUUUCAUGUCUCGAUAUUGAGGCAGUACCGUUCUGAUCCUUCCUAUGUAGUCGCAGUUGAGGAGAUCGAGGUUAGGCUGAACUUGACCUUUGAGGAGGAGCUAGUUCAGAUCCUAGAUCGAGAUGUUAAGGUUCUGCGGAAAAAGUCCAUUCCACUAGUGAAGGAGAAGGUCAAGGGGCUGGAGGUUCCCAAUUGGACCUUUGAUUGUGCAGAAACGUUGUUAAACAUUCUAAGGUUUCAAGAGGCUCGGGAGUAUCUUCGCUACGAAACAGUAUAG